AUGUCAAAUGCCAUGGACCAUGAGAUGUCCUGGCAGUGGCAAAUACAUCUGCUUAUGAAAGUGCUUGAGACCAAGAUAAUGGAUGUUUCUAAGAAGGAGUUAGAUGUAUUUCUUAGGGCGAAAAGGAGAAAGCAAGAACAGAAUUUUCACGUCCUCACAUUUUACUACUUACUGAACCUUGGCCAGGCUGAACUGCCUGAGUACAGUUUGUUGGCGAUGCUAGAUGACUACCACAUAAUUUAUUUCGACAGCACACUGGAGUUGUGCGUACCCAGACAACACUGGUUGGCACAAUCCUUCCCAAAGGAUCACUGGGUCAUGAUGACUAUCACAAUGGCGGGAUUACACGGUCUUGUGAAAGGAAACAUUGAGAUAUUUUAUCAACAACACCAUGGAGGUUCUGGCCUUUUCUUUGUCCAAGGAAUGUGUGGCUGUGAAUUGCACACUGAUAAUUCCACUGAUGGGUUUAUAAAGCUUGGAUAUGAUGGGCAGGACGCAUUUGCUUUCAAUAAGGAUAGAAUGAGUUGGAUUGCGUUCAAUCCAGAGUUCCAAGCGUUAGCGGACCGGUUGAAUUUCCACACCUUCCUGAACAAAUACUUCAAGACCCUGUUGGAAAAGGACUGCGUGAAACAGCUGCUGACAUACCUUAAAUGUGGGCAAGCAGCACUACAGAGGACAGGUAUGGUUCAGGAUCAGGCCUUAGAUGAAAACUGUGCCAGUGCCAUGUUCAGCCCCGAGGUGUUCAUUGGGAGCAGGACUGAUGGUGAGCGAGCCCUGAGUCUCUCCUGCCUUGUGAUGGGCUUUUAUCCUGGGGAUAUCGAGGUGACAUGGCUGAGGAAUGGACUGGUGGUCCUUGACGUUGAAUCCACUGACCUGCUCCCCUAUCAAGAUACAACGUACUGGGUGAUGAAGACGUUCAAACUCAGUCAAGAUGAUGGGGAGAGGUACUCCUGUCAUAUUGAGCAUACCAGCCUCAUACAGGAGCUCGAUGUACCCUGGGAGCGCACAUUACAUGGAGCCAUUAAGUUGGGAACUAUGACCGGAGCAUCUGCCAUCUCCCUCACUCUUCUCGGAAUCAUCACGGGAGUUGGUUUCUGGAGGAAGAGACAGAUUGGUCAGUCUAACAGAGACCAGCAGAUGUAGUCGGAGAGCAACAGAGACUGGAAGAGACUAACAAAGGUUAACAGAGAACAGAAGAGACAGACGAAGAUCAACAGAGACCAGCAGAGUACAUCAGAAAUGUUCAGAGAAUAACAGUGACCAGCAGGUGGCCAGCAUUCUGUUCCCACAUUUCCCUGAACCUCUGAACCCAUGACUGGCAUGUUUGGUGUCAGAGAAUGGUUGGAGUUCUGCUCCCCCCAUAGAGCAGUCCAAACCUCUCAUAGUGAUCUUCACAUUUAGAUUGGUCUCUCCAGCUUGCCCCACCCU